CUAUUAUGUAAUUAUAGUAAUACUUUUAAAAUUCCAUUACGUUUUCAUAAAGUGAUGACGUAAAACGAAACGAUAAUUGACAUUCAUGACGGUGUGUUGUGACGUUUGAGUUGUUGUGAUCGUGAUAUAACCUAUAACCACUGUAACCAGCUACAUUGCUACCUCAACUUUAAUAGCGUCAUGUGAUUAUCCCAAAAUAAAACAAAUGUAACAAACAAACGUUAAAAUCUGCAAUGAAUUGAAAUUCACUCUGGAUCACGUAACUGAAAAAAUAUUAAUCGAAUAAAAUCUUAUGUAACGUCAGACUGAAGGAUACUGUAACGCACAAUAUUUGCAUAGAAGUUCAAACAGAAAGAGUGAGUUUCGGCAGUGCGUAGAAUUGGCGCGAAAGGCUGAUGUUAGAACGACCGUCAUUGAGAAAUGCAGGGAGCGAGAGCGAGGCGAGCGCGGCGCCGCCUCAUCAGUCUCUACGCGGCACGUGAACACACUGCACGGUCGCUCACAGCGGUCAAGGGCAAACUUACGCGAGCACAUUUUCCCACAAUUAUUACAUAAAUUUGUGCCAUAAGAUGUUACCGUGGGUUCAAGUUACUCUUAUGCUAUGUGCUGUCGGCCUGCUUCGGGAGAUUCGACCGUCAGAGCCUUUCGUUUCCGAAUUUCUUUUGGGAGAGUGGAGGAACAUAACUGAGGAACAACUAAACAGAGAUGUGUACCCUGUAGGGACAUACUGCUACCUGGGGCUGCUUGUUGUGGUCUUCCUCAUCACAGAUUUCCUGAGAUUCAAGCCUGUCAUUGUGUUGUCUGGUUUAAGUGGUAUAGCAGUAUACGCCAUCUUGCUUUGGACAACGAGUCUAGAAUGGCUGCAGGCGUCCCAAUUCUUCUACGGUCUCUACAUGGCCACGGAAGUCGCUUACUACACUUAUAUUUACGCAAAGGUGGACCCAGCAAAAUACCCCAGGGUAUCCUCAUAUACCCGUAUCGCAGCGCUGUCAGGUCGGUUCCUGUCCGGAGUCAGCUCACAACUACUCACACACUUCGGGGUCAUGGACUACAGGGAUCUCAAUUACAUCACCUUCGCAGCUCAGAUCAUGGCGACAUUCUGGGCGUUGUGGCUGCCCACCGUGCAGUACGGCAUCUACUUCCAUCGGAAGACCUCCACUGGAAACCCCCCGUUAGAUAAAGAUCUACAUCCAUCUAAUGGGCACUUACUACGGUCUAACAUGGUAGAAGCCUCCACUUUGAUAGCACGGCACGCGCGCUCAGCGUACACCAGACCCAAGGUGCUAGCCUGGUCUGCAUUGUACGCAGUCGCCCUCGCACUAUUCGUACAAGCUCAGAUCUAUAUGCAGUUGCUAUGGAAACAGAUACAAGAGGACACUGAUUCGCCGGUGGCCUACAAUGGUGCAGUGGAAGCGGUGCAAACUCUUUUAGGUGCGGGAGGUGCAUUCAUAGCUUCGAUGUAUUCUUCAGCCGGAGUACCAGCUCCCGUAGCGGCCGUGCAAGGAGUCGCAGUAUUCCUAGCCACCUUCGUGAACAACGUCUUCGUGUCGUACGCCGGGUACAUUGUGAUGGGCAUGCUGUUCCAUUAUUCCAUUACUUUGGCCAGUGCAAAAAUAGCGGGUCAGUUAAGCGACGAGAGUUGCUUCGGCCUAAUAUUUGGUAUCAACACCCUCAUUGGUACGGGACUGCAGUCCAUACUCACACUAGUCCUCAUACAAACCCUGAAGCUACCGAUAGCUUCCCAAUACUUCGCUAUCAGUGGCCUAUACCUUCUACUCGCAUCUAUAUGGCUCCUUGGCUGGAUGAUCAACAUGUGCCGCCAAAAACGAAGUAUUAACGUCGACAACCAGUAUUGAUAUGCAAUAUAACCAUAUUGCACGGAUUUAUUAACAUUAACUUUAUUUUUAAAGGCUGUCUAGUUUUUUAUGAAGCGUAACGAGAAGUUAUGUAACCUUUUUAACAUAUCCUCUGGGUUAGUAAGUAGUUGUACAUUAAUGAAACAAAAAAUUAAUUGACUUAACGCCUCGUUGUGUUUCGUUUGCUACCUACUACGAAGCUCUAGAUCGCGGAGUAUAGAAAUUAAGAGUAUAGGGAAAAUCCUUGCAAUAAGCAAAUGCAAUCACUGUACGCAAAAGGAAGACUUAGAUUUUAUUUUAUUUAAAGGGGUUAUAUACAAUGACUAUCUUUAUAAAAGUACGUAUUGUUACUCCAUUUACUGAGUUUAAUUUCACUUAAAAAUAGAAAAAUAUAAAUAAACACGCGAAAAGGUUUAGUUCAUUCAAGAAAACAUUUUACUCUUGCUUCUGAGGUGUUUGCUGUAUUUAACUUUAUGUCAGUCAGACGUGACAGUUAGUACUCCUUGCUUCUAGACUCCAUGGUUUAAGGCUGUUUUCCCGCGUAAAUAUUUGACAGAUAUUUUUUUUGAAGACGGCGGAUUUUACUCUUACCUAACACCUGUAUGUUUGCCUAUUCAUUCAGUUAUUAUUAUUUCGCGAUCAGGUGUAAGGGUAUGUUAUUUUCAAUCCAGAUUUAGUGCCUUCAUAACAGUACGUAACUUAUCAAAAGAAAGAAUACAUAAUUAAUGCAUGGUCAAAUAUUAUAUUCAUCUUUCAACGAUUCAGAUAUUAUUUAAUAAUAUUGUUGACUACCAUCUGCCUGGUUGACGCGAUUUUAUUGGAUUGACCCCCAGGUAGGAGACUAUCACUGACUAUGUCAAGAUUUUUGCAAUAAAUUAACUAUUUACACAGAGUGUAGUGUAAUGUACCCACGCCGGCUUAAAUAGCGUUGUUACGAACUUUAUUUUUUGUGUAUGUAGAUAAUGUAGUGUAUGACACUUCACAAGCACAUGCAUAACUUUUUUAUUUAUUUAUAAUAUUGCAAAGGUACUUACGUUUUUUGUUGUUUAACUAAAAUAAGUUUAUUUAUUUAUUUUCCAAAGGUUCCAGUUGCGUGUAGGGUGAAACAACUGUGUAAUAGGACAUCACAUUUAGUUUUCAAAAAUGGCUGUGAAAUUUUCCUGAUAAAAAGUUUUUGUAUGUAUUCAUGUUUUUUUUUUUGUACAUAAGGCAAAUGGACUUGCAGAUUAUUUAACAAAAACUGUCAUGAAACUCAUAUUAGUUUUUUUGUAAAUUGGAAAAAAUGUGACAUAGAUAAAAGUCUUAUUGUACUUAUUAUAAAAUUAUACUAAAUUGAACAAAAUUUUAUUUAGAAUAAAAUUUUACCUUAAUUAGGGUUAGACCCAAUUUGAUGGACAAAGAGAGAAAAAAAUAGCAAAUUUUGUAUUUUGAAAUUAACUGUUGCCUGUUAACCAAACUCAUUUGUUUAAAGUAUACGUGCUCAAGGUUUUUUUUUUAAGUAUUUUGUACAAUUUCUGUCCAAGUGAGUGAUAUAGGAAACUGAAAUGGUAUUGACACAAAUGUUUUAUACAGAAACAGUAAUUUCAAUGUCCUUGCAAAAUUUUAUCAACUUUCAAUGAUUUUAUUUAUAGAUUAUUUAAAAUGUAAUUUAUUUAUUUACUUACAAAUACACUAGAAAAAAUCUAAUGUUAUUUAUUUAAUAUGUAUCUAUAAGUUAUUUAGUUAUAGUUAUAGAACAACCUUAUGUCACAUUAUUUUUUUGGUGAUAAGCUAAGACUUGUUUUUAAUUAUUUAAUACUUAGAAAUUAUGUGUUUAAUAUUUAGUUAUUUAUUUAUUACUGUAACAGUUGCUUUUCUUUUCAUUCUCAAGUUUAAUGUGCGUAAAGUUUAUUAUAUAAUGCUAUUUUAUAUAGCUCUACCCUAGGACCAACAAAUAUAUUUUUAUUAUUACACAAAACUUUGUUUUAAUUUAUUUUUGUUUAAAACUUAUCUAAUGUGUUCUACAUUGGACACGGAAUGAAACUGAUACAAAUAGUUUUAUCACUUUAUUCUUAUAUUUACAUUAAUUUUGUCAUAAUAUAGAGAAAAUAAAAUUAACAAUGAUAUGUGGACAAAUAACAUGGAAUGUCUUACAACACGUUUUAACAUUUUAUAAAUAUAGUGUCAAUAAAUCCUCAGCAUGUAGAAUAUACUUCAGCUCACAACCUUAAAGAUACUUGAAAUAAAUUUCCCCAAACCACCAUAAACUCAUGGCAAUAUAUUAACUAUGUACAAUUUUCACACAACUUAAUAGCUAACUAUGUUACGCAUAUUGCAUCGACGUCGGCCUGGUUUUUAGAUACACGUAUACGCAAAUUAACAGAAAUAUUACCGCGAAAGUAGGUAAAACAACUGUGUGUAUUUGUUGGCGCAUUUUAGCAAACUCCUGCUUUCUCUCUCGCUUUUGUCUCGCGGUUUCCUUCACUGCACCUUUAAGCUUCCUCAUGGUUGUGCUGGAAAAUAAAAUUACACAUACUCAUAGAAUAUUGUAGAACUUUGCCACGUCCAAUUAUGUGUACAUAUCAAUAUUGUUUUUAGAUCACAUGACGACCAAAACGUAAACAUUCGUCUUAUAAGAUAAAACUUCAAUAUCAACGUUAUAUAUCCAGCUACCUUUAAACGAGGACACUAGUCUAAGAACUUCUUAAUUUAAUAUGUGAAUUAUUUUUCGUACAAUACUAUAAAAAAUUUGCCGAAAACACACGUCACACCGCAAGACGUCAGUGUGAUAGAUAGAGUCCGUCUCACGAAAGAAGUCCCG